AUUGUGCAGGAACAGCUCAAAACUGAAGCGAUGCACUGAAAAUAUGAAAGAGAUGUGAAAAGGGAUUAUAAUGGGACAGAUCGAGGGAUAAAAUGCCUGCAAAUUAACAAUCAGAGUGAAGACAAUCCCAGGCCGAGACACAAGUGCCUCCAGCACGCUGUACCCCCGCUGCAGAGCCUGACUUGCCCCCCGACGUCACCAAUGCGACCAUGGGAAAUCGCGGUGAAUAGGCGGCCACCCACUGCCCCCUUCAAUCAGAGGAGAUUCCCAGGGGAGCCCUGCAAUAUCCCAGCGCAUCUCAGGAGGAGCCCUCCAGUGAGACGGCAGUGGGGGCGGCGAGACAGACCCUUGUUGCACAGCUCUUUGCAUCAGGAUGAGAAUUUCCACCACGCCCUGUUUGCGCAGCAUCAGCAGCAGAUCUCUUUAGAUGAGUCAAGACCGUACAGUCACACCAGCAUACCCCCACGAAUGCUGCACCCUGCUGCCCACCCGCCUCAGCAGAAUCCCAUCAUGGUGGACCUCCAUGAGCAGAUGCAUCAGGGGCCAAUCCCGAUUUCAUACACGGUUACCACGGUGACGACCCACGGUUUCCCAAUCCACGCCGGCCAGCCUAUCCCAGGGUGCAGCACUCAGCAGCUCCCAGCAUGCUCGGUAAUGUUCAGCGGACAGCACUCUCUGCUCUGCUGUCUUCUUCCUCCUCCCCUGAUCCAAGCCUGCACAAUGCAGCAUUUGCCAGUAUCUUACCAAGCCUUUCCGCCUCUGAUCUCCAGCGAACAUUUUAUACUGCACCCCCCUCCGCCUGUGCCGCCACACCAACCGCCUCACCUCGCUCCCCUGAGCCAGUUCGUCCCUCUGCAGCCACAGCACCCCCGCAUGCCUUUGCAGAGGGUAGAGAACGACGUGGAGAUGAGAGGGGACCAGCACCCUGUGGGGGGGUUCUCCUACCCCCCUGCCCACCACCCACCAGCAAUGCCUCCGUCUGUGCCCCUCCAGUACCUCCCUCACGACCCUCUUCACCAGGAGCUGCCCUUCGGAGUGCCAUAUCCUCACGUGCUGCCAAGACGUGUGAGUGGGCAGAGGUACCGGCUACAGCAACCCCUGCCCCCUCCCCCACCCCCUCCACCUUACUACCCCAGCUUCCUGCCGUACUUCCUCUCAAUGCUUCCGGUGCCUCCGACUGCAGUAGGACCUGCCAUCAGCCUGGACCUAGAUGUGGAUGACGUGGAGAUGGAAAACUAUGAGGCGUUGCUGAACCUCGCUGAGAGGCUGGGAGAGGCCAAACCUCGUGGACUCACCAAAGCCGAUAUAGAGCAGCUUCCAUCCUACAGGUUCAACCAAGAGAACCACCAGUCUGAACAAACUCUGUGUGUUGUGUGCUUUAGCGAUUUUGAGUCAAGACAGCUGCUGCGAGUCUUGCCUUGCAACCACGAGUUUCACGCAAAGUGUGUUGACAAAUGGUUAAAGACCAAUCGCACUUGUCCAAUCUGUCGAGCCGACGCUUCAGAAAUCCACAGAGAUGCUGAGUGAAACUUUUCUUUGUUUUAACCAACAAGAAGCAGCACAAUAAAUGGAGACCGUUCUCUUGGAGAAACGGGAAUCUACCGCCUACCCCUCCGUAUUCCCCCAAGCCUUUUCCUCUUGAACAAUAAGCAAUCUAGGAUCGUAUUUGGGGCUCUGUUUUACCUCCGCUGUGCAUCAUGUGAGUUUGAUGAAAGCUACUGCCUAGUAUAACCGCAUAGCCACCAAGUUCUGGAGUUGUGUUGUGUGUACUUUUUGCGAUCGCCCUUGUGUUUCUGAUACUCCAAAGAUUUAACAGGUAAUAUCUGUUCUUGUGUUUUAACUUUUUUGGUUCUAUUUGGUUUUCUAGUUGAUGCUAGAAUCAUUCCAAGUACUGCAAAGAGGGGGAGUGGGGGGUGGGGGGGUGAAAUGGUCAUGCAAUUGGCAGACUAAGAAAACAAGGUUAUUUUGGAAGGAAACAACCAUUCCACUGAGCUGGAGGGAGGCUUCACUUUCUGAGAUGCAUGUUUGUAAAGGUGAUGGGCAAAGUGACUUGUUGUUAAUAAUGUAUGUUACGCAAUAAUGUAUUUUGAUUUCGUUUUUUUUAAUGAAUUGCUGAAUGCUAUCGUAAAAAGUACGACUUGCAGUGGUAAAAGGUGCAGUAUCUUUUUAAGGCCUGAGGUAAGGUGGGCUUGUAGUGAAACUGCCUUGCAGUUUUGGAAACUUCAAACAAAGAAGCCCUGAAACAAUGUGGGUUAAGGAACAAACGCCACUGUUACUCCAGCAGGGGGCAUGUUUCCAGACUGACCGAGUUGGCAACAGAAAAAGAAAGGCACAGGACAAGCUGCUGUUUUGCACAGCAUUGCUGGGCUCUACUGAACAGUAUAACUGGCCCUGGAUACUCACCCCACCACAGCAGUAUACAGUCAUCCAGCUGCAGUGCUUUGUACUCUGGAUGGAAUGAAGGCAUGCUAGGAAUUGCAUGGACUGUUGACUUAGCCGAGCAAUAUGUAAAUGGAGAUCAAGUACUUCUUAAUCAAGCGGAUUACUAGGGUUACUGAGAGCAUGGCGUUGGUCUGCAUUCUACCCGUCCCUGUAGAGAUCUAUUGGAUCUGUUUUGUGAUUGACGACUUCCAGUAGUCUUGAAGAAGGGGGCUGCAUGGCACCCUGCAGAGAGUGCAGAUCAAUGGGACAUUUCUUCCCGAUGCGAGGGAGGCCUGCUUUUCUUGUUUGUGAGCCAAAUAUUUAAUACACUCCUCCUUUUUAUUUUCAGCUAUGCCUUUCAACACCUUGAGAAGCACAAACAUGUAUCACUGAGGUUUUAAAGAUCUAACAAUUCUUUCUCUGCCACCUUUCUCCUUGUUGUUUUUUUUAUAUAGACAUGUUUGGUUGUUUAAAGGGUUUUAUUUCUUGCUUUUAUCUUCUGGAAAAGUGCAGGGUUCUGGGAAGGAUAAGGUGGAAGCAAUACCAUGAGGUUGGCUGUUAGUUUUUGAAAUCCUGGUAGGGGUCUCAUGUACAAGAUGCAGCAUUUUUAAAAGACAGCUUGAAGAGUAUUAUAUAACAAGACAUGUUUCACUUGUAUUGUCUUGUUUUGAAGACAGAAGAAUGUUUAAGCAAGCUGCAUAACCUGGGUUCGCUAUUGGUGACAGUAAUAGGGUGAGUUCACAGUGCUAAUAUCAGUGCUGGAGCUCGCUGGCUCUGCUGAGUAAUGCACUGGACUUUUCCCCUCUCAGCCCCUCUUGCUUGGAUCUUAAACACAAUGCUGUGGUGGUUGAGGAUAUAUUAAAUGGCUUUGAGAGUCCUUUGUGAAUAGGGAAUACCCGUUGUAGCAUUGCCCCAGUUAGCCCUUAUUGUCAACUAGUCUUUACAUAAACAGUGGAGGCUUUCAUCCCUUCAGCUGGGGUUUGACUCGCUGGCAAUGGCUUGCCUUGGCAGGACUCUAGUGCCCCUAAUCGUAGCUGUUAUCAAAAGCCAUUUGGAAUAAGGUAUAUGCCACCAUGUAGAAUAUGACUCUAUAUACACAGAGCUAACUACCGGUAUAUGUGUACAUAGAAACCUUUCUUAUUUGAAUAUGUUGUGAGUUGUCACAGAUUUCACUCAGGGGCUUUCCAAUUUAAGAAAAAUCAAAGGAAACAAAAACAAAUUUGAAAUCAAAAUGUUACAUGAAAUGGAGAUACCUUGCUUUUUAAAAGUGUGUGUGUGUGUGUGUGUAUGUAUAUAUAUAUUUCUGUUGUGCAGGCUGUAUGGGUGUUUUUAACGCAACCAGUUCAAUUUCCAUUCAAUUUUUUUGCAGAGAGCAAUGAAUAGCGCAUCUUUUAAAGACAGGCAUGCAAGCAAAAAAAAAGUAUAUUUUAUAUAUAUA